GUUCAAUUUCUCAUUAUGAUUCUGCAAUUCCUUCUUUUGGUCGUUCAAGUUAUUGGAAAUUGGUCUCUAGCAGCAAGUCCACAAAAACCUCUCAUUUUCUCAUCGUGUGUUAAUUGCACUGAAGGAGAUGACAUUUUGUUCUCCUGCAUUCCUCCAAAGAGAAGCAGCAACUAUAGUUUUUACAAAGAUGGAGAUCUUCUCCAAGUCAUCAAAGGAGAAGCAACAUACGGGAUUUUGAAGAUUGGAGGAGUGACUGCAUCAGAUGAGGGAAAGUACAGCUGUGAAAACAAGAUUAAUGAGACUAAUGGAAUAUCUGGACAGAGCAAGUCAUUGGUUGUGUACGUCCAGCUGAAAGAUGCUCACUCCAGGUACAGCGCCCUGGUCAUAAUGGGGAUCUGCAUUGUCAUCCUUUCGAUUGUCUUCAUUCUGGGCUUCAGUUUAUACUUUCGUUUCACCAAAAAAGCAAGAGUUAUUAAAAGGCAGGGAGAAGAACGAGCAAAUGAGAAUGAAGAAUGGUCCAACUCCAUCACAAUCUAUGAUUUACUGAGGCUUCCACACCGCAUAACUCCACAAGAAAGUGAUCACCAUGAUGAGCAAGGCAGUUCCCCUGUUAACACAUAUGCCAAUCUCUAUGCAACAGCUUUGUACAGAGUGGAGCUGCCAGACACAAAGAAGGAAGAGGCACUUUACUCUGUGAUACAGGCUUAAGUUAAGGACCUGCAAACUGGGUGCAGACAGACUUAAGGAUGGUCCCACCAAAGCUCUGAACCAGCUGUCUUCCAUGUGGAGCUCCAGCUCCCACUCUGUUUGUAGCUGCAGUACUCUCACCUGCUUCCUAAUAUUUUGCUUCAGCCUCUGAUUGUAAAUUUCCUAGGAAUUUGUUCAUUAAUUCUGUGUGAGAAAGACGCUUCAUGAGAGUUGCAGCAUUUACCCUCUUUCUGUGGACCCAUAGCGGCAAAACCCAGAUCACCUGACAAAUGACAACAGCAAAACUGAGAGAGACUGAGUCAAUCAAAAGUACAAAAAGUUUCAUUUCGUUACAGUUCAUUCCAUUGAAAUUUGGAUCUGACAUGUGUUGUUUAGGAGAUUUAACAUACAUGGAACAGGAAGAAGACAUUUGAAGGACUUUGAUGUUGAGCUUAGACAGUACGGAGAAGCCAGUGUGAGUUAGCGCUGGAUUAUGUGAACUGGCAUCUGUUGAACAUACGGCUAGCAAAUAGGAAUAACUGUAUAAGAAAAUAAAUCCACCAUAUUAAACAAGGCAG